GUUACAAAGUACACAACAGAAAUGAGGAGCUAAAAGCCUAAAUCCACCUACAAUCCCUAUUUAUACGAGCUAAAAUCUUUUGUAUAUAUAUAUAGCAAAUUAACUACCUCAGCUAUUUGCAUGUAACAGAACCGUAACAGACUCCAAUUACAACAAAUUCCAUUAUCUACAUUUACAUUGCAUUUUCACAAAUCCACAAAACAAACCCACCUAUACCUAUCUUUAUUUCAUGAUCUCUCUUUCUUUCUAGUCAAACAAUGGAUGUGAAUUUUGAGCCCCAAAGAGGAAGAUCAUUCUCUAUUGAAGUGGGUUUCUUUGAUACUAUCUUAGAGAUCAAAGAAAAGGUCAAAAAAUACCAAGGCAUACCCGUGUCCAAACAAACCUUAAUCUUCAAUGGCAAUGUCCUCAAAGACGACCUCAACGUUGAACACACCGAAAUCCUCCAAAACUCGCACAUUCAACUCAUGAUCGCCGCCUCGGAAUCUGACAAAUCUGCCGAGAACUCAUCAUCCCUCUCCAAGAAAAUCCAGCUCAACGUGAAAAUCCCCACGUACAAAAUGCACGUUCCUCUAGAAAUGGAGGUAACCGACACGGUUGGAAAGUUGAAGGAAAAGAUUCAAGAAAUGGAGGCUGUCCCAGUUAACCGUUUGAUGAUUCAUUCGAGUGGUGCGGAGUUACAAGACCACAGGUCUUUAUGUGAAUGCGAGAUUUCGGAGAAUUCGGAUAUUGAUGUCAGUUUUAGGCCUUCACCAACAGCAGCUUCACCGGCUGCAAUGGCAGCAUUGUCACCGUCGCCAGGGCCGGGGCCGGGGCCGGGGCUGGGGCCAACGACGUUGUUGGGGUCCAAGAAAUUGAAGCUGCUGGUAUUGCCGAAAUGCGGGACGAAGAAGAUUCCGGUGGAGAUGAAUGCAUCGGAUAAUGUUGGGGAAUUGAGGAAGGAGCUGCAGAAGUUGCAAGAGAAGCUACAGUUUAGUCUUCCACAAGAGGGUUAUUUCUUCAUUUACAAGCAGAAUGUGAUGGAUGAUGAUAGGUCCUUUCGGUGGCACCAUGUUGGGCAAGGUGACACAAUAGAGGUCUUCAAUGGGAGUGUCACUGGUGGUUCGUAAGACCUUACCUGCUGGAGAACAAUUGGAGUGGGACAAGCAAAUGAUGGUUUAUACCUGUUACAAUCUGGUGGCAUUC